AUGUCUGCAAACCUUGCUCCAUCGUCUUUUUUUUGUCCUGACUAUCAAAAUGAUCUUUUGGAUGCUUAUUCUGUUUUUUUAUAUUCAAAUGAUUUUGCUUCGUGCUUUGAUCACGUUUCUCACAUGUGCGAAGAAUUUCUUGAUGAUACACUCUCCCAAACUGUUCUUAGGUGUAUGUCAUAUGGGGAUUCUCGGUUUUCCAACUGUCUUAGAACGUUUUUUGAAAGUUUGGGCAAGGCCAUCCAGGUUGUGGCAGAGGCUCACAAUGUGAUCUUUCAUCAAUUACCAAUAAAUGAUGCUUUAAGGUCCGAUAUUUCUUCGAUCACCUUAGCGAUUCUCUUCCCUCUUAACAUCUAUGGAAAUCUUAGACCUGUGAUAAAUGCCUUAAUGUAUCUAUUUCUAGAAUCUUCAGAACGAACCUCUUCUUCUCUUUUAAGCAUAAAAACAUACGAGUUGCCUGAUGCUCAAUGCAGGGCUGCCUUACUGAACCAAUACGAAGGUUUGCUUGGAAAUAAAAGCGGCUUAUUGAAUAUUUCACAUUUGUUUGAUGACCGUUGGCUAUCUUUUGCAAAGUAUAUCCUAUGUGCUAGGCUUGAAAAGUUUUGCUCGGGUCGUCCGACUGAUGGCCUUCUUCACCAUGCCCUUGAUUAUAAAAACAGAGUUUUACUACUGCUCUGGCUGCCAAAUCUUUUCCAUAAUCAGGCUACCCUCAAGGCUAAUAAAGAUCUUCUUAAAGAUGACAUGGUUUACGACGCCUUUUAUAAGAUCAGGAAACGACUUCUCCACCCCGGUGUACACACCGAACAACUGUUGUUGGCAUAUGCGUGUCUUGUUCGAGCGCUGCGCUUGGUCGAUCCCACCUUUGUCAUUCAGGAGGUGGUAUGUAGACCUCUGGUUACAUGUCUUCGAAAGAGAGAAGAUGCUGUUCGGUGCAUUGUUGAUGAGCUAAUUAAUAAUCCUAGCACUCGGAAAAACUCAGAAGUUGCUUUUUUGAGUUGCGAUCGAGGUGGAGUCGAGCUACACCGAGAGCUAAUGCUUCCUAUUCCUUUGGAGAUUGAGCCUUUACGAGAUGACAAUGAUGAAAGCGACACAGAUAUGAUAGCUGAAGAUCCUAAUUCCGAUGAAUUUAGAAGACUAACAAGUGACUUCGAAGCCCGUUUUCAUUCAAAAGUCACCUCAGACAACUUGCACUCAAAACAUGAAAUAAGUCUCCCCAAAUACAAGGCUAGUUGCUGUUCUGAUUCAUCUGAGUCGAUUUUCCCAAGUACUUUCAAACAAUCGAACUGCUAUCAUUUACUUCAACAAAGUGGCUCUCAAUUAUGGGCCUCAUGGCAGCCUGACCCAAUAGAGGCUCGCCUGCAAACGGGUUUGAGACGAAAUCAACUUGAUCUCCUUAGCAUGCUCGUGAGCAUAUACGGUAGCAGACGUGCUUUUUUGGUAGAAUAUAAGCAGCUUCUUGGACAGAGAUUGCUACAACGUCAAGCACGGGCCUCUCGGGUUCUUACUGAUGCAUGCACUCCUAAAUGGGAUACAAUGGAUAUUAGUGUAUUCGACACAUCUGCUGAAGGCACAAAUCUUGAGCUUCUUAAGCUUAGGUUUGGUGAAUCCAACCUUCAUGAGUGUGAGGUAUGUGAAGCAGUUAAUUGA